AUGGGACUGGGCUGUAGGUAUUUUGUGAGCUUAGUGCUGCUCUGGUCCCUGGGGACAGCCCUUGGGCAGGGGGACUUCCUUGGGAUCAGUUUCUCUGUCUUGCAGCGUGGGUAUGAGUAUGAUUGUGGAGACUAUGGGAUGCAGCUGCUGGUCUUUCCCAGUCCAGGCCGCACUGUCCGCUUCAAAGUUGUGGAUGAGUUUGGGACAGUCUUUGAGGUUACUAACUGCUCCAUCUGCCUCCACUGGGUCACAUCUCCCCAGGAAGGGGCGGUGAUCUUCUCAGCAGGCUACAAUGGCUGUCAUGUGCUGAAGAAGGAUGGCCGUAAUCACCUGCGGGUCCGUGUAGAAGAACUGCUGAGCACCAGGGCUGUCGCUGCCACCCGUGACGUGAACAUGACCUGCCCCAAGCCCACUGAACAUGACUUAACCCCAGAGGAGACCAUGCGCUACGUGCCGCAGCCGGGCCUGCCGGGCCUGGUGCGCCCGGUGCCCCAGCCGCAGCCGGGCCUGGUGCGCCCGGUGCCCCAGCCGCAGCCGGGCCUGGUGCGCCCGGUGCCUCAGCCGCAGCCGGGCCUGGUGCCGCACAUCUAUCCUCCACUAAGUAAUAUAGGUGCCCGCCUGACACCAGAGCAGUGCCAAGUGGUGGCUGGGAAGAUCCCCUGUGCAAAUGCCCUUGACCAAGCUGCCUGCUUCCAGGCUGGCUGCUGCUAUGAUGGGACUGACCCAACUAUUCCUUGCUACUAUGGAAACACAGUCACUCUUCAGUGCCUCAUGGAUGGUCACUUUAUUCUGGUGGUCUCCAGGGACAUGUCUGACCACCCCAUCAUCCUGGACAAUAUACGGCUAGCCUAUGCCCAGGCAGGGUGCAAUCCCAUCAGGAUGACCGAAGCUUUUGUGCUCUUCCGCUUCCCCGUCACACAAUGUGGCACCACAGUACAGGUGAUUGGGGACAAAUUGAUCUAUGAGAAUCAGCUGAUCUCUGGCAUUGACAUACAGACUGGGCCACAGGGCUCCAUCACUCGGGACAGCACCUUCAUCCUCCAUGCUCGCUGCAUCUACAAUGCCAGUGACUUCCUGCCAGUCCAGGUCAAGGUCUUCUUGCCCCCUAUACCUGCACCAGUCACCCAGGCAGGACCCCUCCGGUUUGAGCUGCGCAUCGCCACAGACCUGAGCUACACAUCCUAUCUCACGGAGAGAGACUAUCCUGUGGUGAAGGUGCUCCGGGACCCAGUCUACGUGGAGGUUCGCAUCCUGCAAAGAACAGACCCAUCCCUGGUUCUGGUUCUGCACCAGUGCUGGGCCACCCCAAGUGCUAACCCCCUGAAGCAGCCACAGUGGCCCAUCCUGAUGGACGGGUGCCCAUUCCUAGGAGACAACUACAGAACCCAGCUUGUGCCCAUGGGCCCUGCCUCAUCUGAGCUGCCCUUCCCAACUCAUCACCAGCGCUUUGUCCUCUCCACCUUUGCCUUUGUGGACUCUACUUCCCAGAUGGUGCUCGAGGGACUGGUGUACAUCUUCUGUAGUGCUGCUGCCUGUUCACCAUCCCAGCUGGAGUCCUGCAGGACCAUAUGCCCAUCAGGGGUAACUGCAAGAGGCCGUCGGUUCCUGACUAUCCAAAAUGAGACAGAGCCUCUCAAUGUGGUGAGCUCUCGUGGGCCUGUGACUUUCCAGAACAGCCCAGAGGCAUUCAAAGAGCCAGUCUAUGGGAAUGAAGACCCUGUCUCUAGACUGGACUUGUCCCCUGUGCUCCUGGCUGGGCUCUUGCUGGUGGUUGUGGUCUCCAUCCUCACUGCUGUGAUCAUGCUUUGGAAGAGAAAAGGCUGGAUGACCAGGUUCCAAAACCCUCAUGAAGGAACAUUCUAUGAGAAGUGGCUGUGGGGUAGGACUUCUGCCUUAACACCUUCAGCCAUGGGGCUGGGCUGUAGGUAUUUUGUGGGCUUAGCGCUGCUCUGGUCCCUGGGGACAGCCCUCGGGCAGGGGGACUUCCGCAGAGUCAGUUUUUCUGUUUUGCAGCGUGGAUAUGAGUAUGAUUGCGGAGACUAUGGGAUGCAACUGCUGGUCUUUCCCAGCCAGGACCGCACAGUCCGCUUCAAAGUUGUGGAUGAGUUUGGGACUCCCUUUGAAGUUACAAACUGCUCCAUCUGCCUCCACUGGAUCACAUCUGGCGAGAAAGGGGAGGUGAUCUUCUCAGCUGGCUACAAUGGCUGCCAUGUGCUCAAGCAGGAUGGCCGUAACCACCUGAGGGUCCGAGUGGAGGAACUACUGAGCACCGGGGCCAUCGCUGCCACCCGUGACGUGACCAUGACCUGCCCCAAACCCACUGAACAUGACUUAUCCCCAGAGGAGACCAUGCGCUACAUGCCGCAGCCGGGCCUGGUGCGCCCGGUGCCCCAGCCGCAGCCGGGCCUGCCGCAGCCGGGCCUGGUGCGCCCGGUGCCCCACAUCUAUCCUCCACCAAGCAGCAUAGGUGCCCAUCUCACACAGGAGCAGUGCCGCGUGGUGGCUGGGAAGAUCCCCUGUGCAGAUGCCCCAGGCCGAGCUGCUUGCUUCCAGGCUGGUUGUUGUUAUGAUGAGACUGACCCAACUACCCCCUGCUACUAUGGCAACACAGUCACUGUUCAGUGCCUCGUGGAUGGUCACUUCGUUCUGGUGGUCUCCAGGGACAUGUCUGAUCACCCCAUCAUCCUGGACAGUGUCCGGCUAGCUUAUGCCCGAAGAGGGUGUGACCCCAUCAGGAUGACAAAGGCUUUUGUGAUCUUCCGCUUCCCCCUCAUGCAGUGCGGCACCACAGUCCAGGUGAUCCAUGACAAACUGAUCUAUGAGAACCAGCUGAUCUCUGGGAUUGACAUCCAGACUGGGCCAGACAGCUCCAUCACCCGGGACAGCACCUUCAUCCUCCAUGCUCGCUGCAUCUACAAUGCCAGUGACUUCCUGCCAGUCCAGGUGGAAGUCUUCUUGCCCCCCACACCUGCUCCAGUCACCCAGGCAGGACCCCUCCGGCUUGAGCUGCGCGUUGCCACAGAUGUGAGCUACACAUCCUAUCUCACAGAGAGAGACUACCCUGUGGUGAAGGUGCUCAGGGACCCUGUCUUCGUGGAGGUUCGCAUCCUGCAGAGAACAGACCGAUCCCUGGUUCUGGUUCUGCACCAAUGUUGGGCCACCCCAAGCGCUAACCCCCUGCAACAGCCACAGUGGCCCAUCCUGGUGGACGGGUGCCCAUUCCUGGGAGACAACUACAGAACCCAGCUUGUGCCCAUGGUCCCUGCCUCAUCUGAGCUGCCCUUCCCAACUCAUCACCAGCGCUUCGUCCUCUCCACCUUUGCCUUUGUGGACUCUGCCUCCCAGGUGGUGCUUGAUGGACAGGUGUACAUUUACUGUAGCGCCUCCACUUGCUACCCCUCCCGGCUGGAGCCCUGCAGGACCAUGUGCCCAUCAGGCGCUGCUACAAGAGGCCGCCGGUUCCUGGAUAUCAACAAUGGGACAGGAGAGCCCCAGGACCUGGUGCGUUCUCAUGGCCCCAUGAUCUUCCAGGAGAGCCCCAAGCCAUGGAGAGAACAAGUCUAUGAGAACAAGGACCCUGUCUCCAGACUGGACCUGACCCUGGUGCUUCUGGCCAUGCUCUCACUGGUGGUUGUGGUUUCCCUCAUUACUGUGACACUCUUCCGUAGGAGAAGCAACUGGAUGACAAGGUCCCAAAUAUUCCAUGGCAGAUCAUUGUAA